UCCUAUCCAUCACGUCCAGGAUCCUCGUUCAACGCGCCCUAGCACGUCCUAGCAGCACAGCUUCACCCGCCUCAUCGGACACCAAUCUAUCCAACUCCAUCCGAUCAAGCAAACUUCCACUCAAGAUCGUCUCUGCCAAGAUCGAGGCUAUCUGUACUCCCGAAAACCACACCAGAUCGUCCCUUCUCGACGUUGUGCUUGCCGUGCUGGACGACCACGUCUAGUACCGCGGCAUCCAUAUCCAGCUCAUCAUGAGCCAACCGACCCUUGACGGCCUCGAGACCCAUCAGUUAGAGGCGCUAUUACACCAGAGUCAAGAGCAAGCUCGCGCUGCUGAGAACCAGGCUCGCGCCAUUGAGAAUCAACUUAGAGCUCGAUCUUCCGUUCCCACACCAGCCGUCACAGAUUUCGACACUGUACCGGGGAAUUAUCGAGUCUCUUCCUCGUGUUCACCAGCAGCCAGCAAUGUACGCUCACGAAGCAACACAAUACCCCGCAGUGUGGGAGGUGUCAGCAUGGUCCCGACUUUGAGCCUCAACGGCAACCAUGCACCGCAACAGCCACUGGAGCAAAGUCGUCCCAUGAAGCGCUCAAAGACCACUCACCCCACCACGCCGGCGACUGCCGCCACCACAGUGAGAAUGGCGAGGUCCCGUUCAAGCGCAUCGGCCCAGCCCGCGUACAGGACGAGUAACCCCUUCGCCGGACCCGGCCCGAUUACCCCGCCGUAUCCCCGGCCUGCGCGGAACAGCCUACCAGCUACUCAUACCAGUUCCACGAUACUGGAAACAGCCUUCAACCUCAACCAGUUGCAGCGGCCCACGGCUACAGCCUUCCUUUACGGGAAUCCCAGCUUUCAUGCCCAACUUCCUCAACGGCCGUUGCCGAUGGGGUCAUUGGCAGAGACUGGCAUGGAGAUGAAUCCAGCUGAUUUUAUCUCCAUGUGGGACCAGGAGGAAAUGGCCAUGACAUCUCCUCUACAUACGCAGCCCAUCGGUAUCCCUACAGCCAGCCAUAUGAGCCAGUUCCAAUAUCCUGGCGACUCUGGGAAUCCGUCAGUGUGCGGCUCCAUGACGUCGGCACCUACUCUCGAAACCGUCCCGAUGACAAGGUCCAACAGCAAUCUGAAUGACAAUAUGCCUAAUCAGUUUGCCGAAAUGGUUCGGAUAGAAUCUCAGCAACCGAGUCGUCAACAAAACCGCCGGGAAAGCUAUAGUCAGCCGCAGCCCUUCACUACCUCGCUGCUGGGGAAACGGUCAGCGUCGGAUCCUGAUUUUCUGGAGGCAGACAUCAAUGGGCUUCCAGUCUCGUUCAACAGUCACCUUUACUCUGCGUCGGCACCUGCCAACACGCUUUCCAUGGGCAACCAGCACCCCAUGGGGAACUCAGUACCGCAAACAACCUCCGAAUCUACGCCUGAGGACGACAUCGAACAAGAACUGGAUCAGCACCUCUCCAUGGAGAGAUCGGAAUCUAAGGAUAGCAACAAGUCAAACCAGUCCCAGUCGUUGAAACAUCGUGCCAAGGAGGCUCUCGUCCGUCAGAACGUUAACGCCUCCAAGUCCCGACAUCUUCAGCCUAAGCCUGCCACAGAUACCACCAAAAAGGAAUCUUCCGAGCCUACUGGUGUGGCUGGCAAGGACGGAAAGGCCGUCAUCACUAAGACCAAGUACGAGCGACCCAAGCACCCCAAGGUCAAGUGCCCUCAGUGCAACGAGAACCCCGAAGGCUUCAGAGGCGAGCAUGAGUUGCGCCGACACACCGAAGCCAAACACAACAUGUUGGUCAAGAAGUGGGUGUGCCGUGAUCCAGCUCUUGAGGGUAUUCCCCAUUCGGAGAAGGCCGUCAAGUCUCUUGCGGAUUGCAAGCAAUGCUCGCAGGGGAAGCAAUACGGAGCGUACUACAACGCUGCUGCUCAUUUGCGCCGAACUCACUUCAAGGUCAAGCAGUCUCGCAAGGGUGCCAAUUCCAAAGGUGCUAAGAGUGUCGCUGGCCAGGCCGGUAAAGCUGAAGAGGAGAAGCGUGGUGGAAAAGGUGGUGGCGACUGGCCUCCUAUGUCUGAGCUCAAGCACUGGAUGGUCGAGAAGUUGGUUCCCAUGGAUCAAGAGGGCGCGUUCAACCAAGACGGUGCUGAUUCCGACGGCGCUGUUGACCCUGAAGAUAUGGAGAACGGCCUCUUCGACCCUCAGUACGUUCAGGCCGGGUUCGGGCUUGCGCCCAGGACAGGUGUCUUCGAUGUAGCUACCUUUGCCGGCGUAGGGGGAAGCUUCCAGGAUUUCGACGGGUUGAAUGCCACAGCCUUCCAAAACCUGAAUGGAGAACUGGGUCUACCAAGCUCAGAUCUCCUCAUGGACGCCGGCAUGUAUGUGCAUCAGCCAAUGCAGUCCAUGCCCAUCGCUUCGGGAUUCAACUUUGGCACGGCUCAAGACGCGCCGCAACAACAACAUACCAUGGCACCCGCCAUGACGAGCAUCGCCAAUCACAAUUACACCUCUCCUGUCUCGUCGACUGCCACCAUCACCCAAGGCGGUUUAUCAGCGGAACACCAAUUUCUCAUGGCACCGGCGAUGCAAGCCUCGCAGAACGAUCUGCCGGACAUGUCCUUCGAUCUGAUGUUUACUGCUGGCGCACAGUGACGCCGACUUGCCAAAGCUCGUCUAUCCGGAUUCUUUCCUUCGAUGUCCGGCAUUUCCACGUGAAUUUCUCUUCAUCGAUCCUGCACCUAAAUCUCGGUUACACUUUACCGUCUUCUCAUUCCGAUUUACGUCUUCGAUUCUUCUGCUUCUUAUGCCGGCUUUAUAUUUCCUAUUUCACUUUGUCUUGGACUUUGGUCAGGGGCGUGGUGGGUUACGUUCCGCCAUGGUUCCGCAGGUGUCUCGCUUCCAUCGGGAUCCUCGAACCUUGACUCAGACCCUGAUCGUCGCACACAUGGAUCACUGUCGCACGACCUCGAACUCAAAACGUUCAUCACGCUUCGAGCGCAGUUCCCGUCGGCCGAAACAAGGCCUUCAGCCAGCAGCUCAUACAAUGUGCCGC